AGCAAGUGGUUUUUCUUGAACAAUAAUUAUACUCUUUAAAUAAUUUGAAGGUUGUUGACGGGGCUUCAAAUGCUUCAUCUCAAACCUUAAACAGAUUGAGUAUUGAUAUUUUCUGUAGACCACGUCAGAUUUUUUUUUCCCCAACAAGUUGAAAGCAUGAAACCGUAUACCCAUUCAAUUACUUUACUUGUGGAUCAUAAUUUCCUAUUACUACUAUUUCAUCAUAUGCUUUUCAACAACUGCUUCAUAAUAUGCAGAAGCAUUCUUUCUACCGUUCAUUUGGGCAACAAUCAAGCAAGUGAUGAGAACCAUUUUGAGAAAAUUAUGCUUUGUUUUGUUCAUUCUUUUUGCAAUAAGGAUUGUGGUUGAAGGGCGUCGUCUGAACUCCAUAACUAUUGAUAAUGAAUUGGUUUCAGACGGGGUUGAUGAUGACGAUGAAGUUCAACACAACAAAACUUACUUACUUUCCAAAGGCAUUGAAUCUGAACCCAUUUAUCAGGAGUGCAAGCAGAUGUAUGGGUUCUUGCCAUGUUCAAACAACAUUUUUGGCCACCUGUUUCUGAUUCUGGUUUAUGAGUACUUGUUGUUCCAUGGAGAAUCAUAUCUGGCUGAUGGAGGUCAGCAGAUCUUCAAGAUUCUCGGUCCUGGGAUUUUUGGUGCAAGUGCCUUUCACAUCCUUAGUGCCCUCCCAGAAUCCUUAAUUCUUCUUGUUUCUGGACUUCUCAGCAGCAAGGAGAUUGCUCAAGAGUAUGCUUUUACUGGAGUUGGCUUGUUGGCUGGAUCAUCCAUCUUGCUCUUGACAGUAGUAUGGGGAACCUGUGUUAUUAUUGGGGCCCAACAAUUCAACAGAGAUUUAAAUCUUAGAAACUUUGAUGAUUCUAAUUCAGCAUCUACAAGACUUGAAACAUUUUUGACUGGUCAUGGCAUUACAACAGACUUGGAGACCAGCUACACUGCAAGAAUCAUGAUUUUCUCCGUCAUACCACUCAUAAUAAUGCAAAUCCCUAGUCUGUUUCAAUUCUCUUCUGGGCCAAGAUCUGUGACCUUGAUAAUUGCUCUCAUCAUUACUGCCAUCUUUCUGUUAUUGUACUUCACUUACCAGAUUUUUGAACCCUGGAUACAGAAAAGAAGAUUGGAGUAUGUGAAGCGCAAUCAUUUACUAGUACAAAUAUUACGACAUGUUGAGAAGAGUACCCUGGAGAGGAUUCUCACCAAGCAUGGAUCUCCAAAUGUAAGCGCCAUAAGAAGGCUAUUUAGAGAAAUGGAUCAAGAUGGAGACAGUGUUGUAACACCUUCUGAAGUAAAACAAAUCCUGCUUAAGAGCAAAUCAAAUGAAAGAAGUAUCAAUGAAAUGGAGAUAGAAGACAUGAUGAGAGUUUUUGACUUGAAUGCUGAUGACAAUAGAAUUACUAAGGAUGAAUUUGUGAGCGGCUUUAUAAAAUGGCUUGAACAAACCAAGUUUGCUCUGAAUAAACAGUAUAUGUCAAGGAAAUCACUCAAGGAGUUAUAUCAGGUUUUCGAGCCUUGGAUUGAGAACAAAAGGAGAGAACAAGAAACGAAGAGAUAUGUUAUAUCUGAAAUCUUAUGGCAUAUCCAGAACGAUUUGGUUAUCAACCUUCUCACUGAAGAUGGCAAGCCCGAUGAACUUGCUAUAAGAGGGUUAUUCGACAAGAUCGAUAGCAAUAAAGAUAACUGCAUUUCCGGGUCUGAGUUAAGAAAACUACUCACAGAUAUCAAUGUUGCUAAAUCAUCAAUAGAUGUGGAGGAAGCAGCCAGUAAAUUCAUUGAAGAACUUGACUCUGACAGUGACCAUGUCAUUAGUGAGGAGGAAUUCAUUUCUGGGUUAAAAAAAUGGCUCAGCUCAUCAUCUCCCAGCCCCGCUCUUCUCUCAGACUCUGAGUCUCAAGAAGAUAUGGUGAAAAUGUGGGAAGAGACAAACAUGGUGGUGGAAGAGAACCAAAGCAAAGCAGUGGUUGAUAAAUCGGUAUGGGCAUGGCUAAAGGCAAUAAUGUAUGUAGUGGUGGGGAUUGCUAUUUUAUCUGGUCUGGCAGAGCCCUUGGUAGAAAGUGUACGCAAGUUCUCGGACAGUGCAGGAAUUAAUGCGUUCUUCAUCUCAUUUAUAUUAGUCCCAUUGGCUACAAAUGCUAAAAUAGCAAUUUCUGCAAUCAAAGAAGCAAGCCAUCAGAAGUCUAGGACUACCUCUCUUUCCAUUUCUGAGAUAUAUGGAGGGGUGUUCAUGAACAAUGUGCUAGGGUUCUUUGCAAUUUCUGUUUUGAUAUAUGCUCGAGGAAUUACAUGGGAAUUCUCAGCUGAAGCUUUGGUUGUGGCACUGGUUUGUCUUGUGGCAGGCCUUGCGGCUAGUUUUAACUCAAGUUUUCCUAUAUGGUCUUCCUUCUGCGCCUAUCUAUUGUACCCAUUUUCUCUCGUCCUUGUUUUUAUCCUCAGAGAUGUUCUCACCUAUAUUUAACCACAGUUUGGAGUGGAUUUUUCUUUUACAAGGCAUUUUA